GACACAUCCCUAUACCCUACUAGUAUCAGCUAGAACUUCUGUUACAUUAUCUCUUCCAUGUUUCUGUCACUAUAGGCGCGAUACUUUCUCGGUCGCUCAUGGAGUCGUGCCAUCUCUAGUUCGCAACUGCUUCUCUGAUAACGAGCGAUCAGGUUUCUGAUGCACACUCGCCUUCAUCAACUGCGGCAAGCCCUCAUGCCACCAGGUAUCUGAAUUUCCAAAUGGAGGACCCUCAACACCUUGUGAUGACUAUCUCCGCAAGUGGUUCACCAAUUUUGCUACCCACUAAUGAUAUACACGUCUUUCUCUUAGUUAUGAUAACUCAGAACUCCUUCUCUUUUUUGUGCAGCAUCGGCCAUGUCAUCGAAAGUAGCAAUCGUCGGUAUCUCCGCAGAACUACCAAGCGGUGCAUUCUUCGAUGAGAACCUCGACCAUAACGCGUUCUUUGACUUCCUACUCCGUGGUGGCGAGUCAUACGAGCGCAUUCCUCCUAAGCGUUUCAACAUAGAAGCCUGGAAAGGUAAUGAUUUGGGGAAGGUACAAACAGAUAGCGGUUCGUUCUUGAAGAAUAUCGACAUGUUUGACAACGUAGAGUUUGGCAUAUCGUCCCGCGAUGCAAGACUCAUGGCGCCCGUUGUGAAGAAAUUACUUGAGAAUUGCUUCCUGGCUCUCUUGGACUCCGGUAUUGACUACAGAAUGAAGAACGUCGGGUGCUUCACCUCCGGCAAUGCUUUUGAUUUACUCAGUGUCACAGAUUCGGAUGAGUUCGAGGCGCGAGGUUCCUUUGCCGGUUAUCCAUCCAUGGUAGCAAACAGGAUCUCGAACCAUUUAGAUUUGCUUGGUCCUUCCGUACCUACCGAUACGGCAUGUAGUUCCACCGCAACGGCACUUCAUCUGGCCAUCCAGGCUAUUCAACAUGGUGAUUGCGAGGCUGCUGUCAUUGCCGGAUGUCAGCUGAAUGUUCGCUUUAUAGACUGGCUGUCGUACAGUCAAGGACACCUCCUAUCCAAAGACGGCAAAUGUAAACCAUUUGAUGCAGAUGCAGACGGCUUUGGCAGGGCGGAGGCAUGUGUUGCGAUCGUAAUAAAGCCUCUUGAGCAUGCUUUGCGGGAUCGCGAUCGCAUUUAUGCUACUAUUCUAGGUACUGCUAUCAAUUCCGUCGGCGCUGGGGGCCCUCCAGGAGCUCCAGUAGCAGAUGCUCAGCAAGAGGCUAUGGUUCAAGCAUUUAAACGUGCAGGAAGGGCUCCACAAGAAGUUGACUACGUAGAGUUACAUGCUACGGGUACCGCUAAAGGAGACCCCACUGAAGCAAAUUGGGUUGGAGCGCAGUUCAAAAGAGAAGAUAGGCUGCUCAUCGGAAGCGUUAAAGGCAACAUCGGUCAUACAGAGAUUGCCGCAUGUCUGGCAAGUCUUUCGAAGGUCAUUUCAAUUUUAAAGCAUCGCGUCAUCCCACCGAACGUGAAUAUUAAGCGACUGAACCCGGAGAUACAUUGGGACGAGUACAACUUGCAGGUUCCUCUAGAGCCUACCGUGCUACCAUGCCACUCCGGGGACAAGUACUUGAUUUCAUUGGCAAGUUCCGGAAUAGGCGGUUCGAAUGGGCAUAUUGUUCUGGAGAGCCCGCCAACUGUUGUCCAUGAGCUCGAUCGACGUUCCACCUCCGAUCGAGGCCCGAAGCUUCUGAUGGCUGGGGGUCUAUCGUCCCGCAGCGCGGUGAUGCUAUCAGAGUCGAUAAGGAGUUUAGCUGCGGCAAAUGCUGCCCAAUUGUCGACCAUCUCCACCGUUCUCGGUCGAAGGUCCAAACAGAUGACGUGGAGAUCGUACGCAAUCGUUGACGAGGAUCAGACGUCUACAUUCGAGUUCUCGUCACCUCUGCAUUGCCCAAGAACGGCGAAUCCAGUUGUGUUCGUUUUCUCAGGACAGGGUCCCCAACACAGAGACAUGGGCCGACAGUUAUUUAAUGCAUUUCCUGUCUUUAGACGCAGCGUUAUGGAGCUCGACGAGCUCUACAAGCGUCUUACAGGCAUGUCAAUGGUCAACGAUUAUGGACUAUUCGGUGAAGAAGCGCAAGUGGAGAUACCACAAACAUGGCCUAUCUCUCUAAUUCUUCCGUCUAUCGCUAUGUUCCAGAUGUCUCUCUUCGAUUUGUUGGUCAGCAUCGGCGUGAAACCGGACAUUGUAAUUGGCCAUUCAGCCGGUGAAACUUCCGUUAUCUAUGCGUCUGGUGCCGCUCCGAGAUCUAUGGCACUUGAAUUAGCCAUUCUCCGCGGAAGGGCGUUCUCGUCAGUCGAAACGCUUGGUGGAACUAUGGCAGCACUGUCAUGCAGCCCAGAAGAUGCCAUGGCAAUCAUCUCCGAUGCUCAGCAAUGCGAUGGGCAUAUCCUCGAAAUUGCCUGCUACAAUUCUCCAUCUGCGGUCGCCAUUGCCGGUCAUGAAGUGGCAAUCGAUCGAGCAAUAGAUAUUGCUCGUUCCCGAGGCAUCUUCAGCAGCAAAAUUCGGACCCGUGUCCCCAUUCACUCUUCGAUGAUGGAGCACUGCCGAGAAGAGUACUGCAGCGGACUGCGAGAAUUGUUCGACCGUUAUCCCGGGCCCUUUACGCCUUCGGUUCCAGUUUAUUCGACGCUUACAGGGAAGUUAUUACAAGGGCCGUUUGACGCUGACUAUUUCUGGAGAAACACACGAUCUCCGAUACUGUUCACAGGAGCGCUGGAAGCACUGCAGAACACAAACGCAUACACUUUCAUCGAGAUCGCGCCUCACCCGGUACUGUCCUCGUAUAUCUCAAGCGCAGUAAAUCCUACGAGCAACAUUAUUCCCACCGUCAGGCGGCCAAAGCGUGGUGGGACACUCUGCGAACAUCGCAACAUUCUACAACUUUGCGGACAAUUGACCACAGUUGGACAUAAUUUCAUCGAUUUCUCGAUCCUCACGGGACGCACUUGCAGCGAAACCGAACUCAUUUUCCCUGCCUAUCCGUUCCAGAAGAAGUCGUUCCCUCUGUAUCCCGAUACACCAGGUUACAUAAAACAGUUGGCGCGUCACCGGGGUCCACUAAACCAUGAAUAUCUGAGAGUGAACAAGGAAACGCAUCCUAUUCUCUCUGAACACAUUGUCAGAGGCGAGCCAAUCAUGCCUGCGGCUGGAUUCGUGGAGAUGGGAUUUGAAUUUGGCGCUACGGCGCUGAUGAACGUGAAUUUUCGAUCAAUAUUAUCUCUUUCUGCGGAGAGGCCUGUUGAAGUCAAAGUGAAGUUGGAUGCAUGUUUGUGGACAGUAACAUCCAUUGUUUCUGCGACAACCCGCAGCACUGCCUCUCACUCGGAAAGGCAUCACGCAGACGGUUAUUUAUCAUUCCAGCCACCUCGAUCUCUACCUGACCUGGAUUUACGCGCUAUCAGGAAUCGAUGUCCGCAUCAUGUUGGUUCCAAUUUUUAUCGCGCCCUGUCAUAUUUCUCUGCGUACGGACCGCGGUUCAGACGCGUGACUGACAUGUAUUAUGGUGCUGAUGAGGCUCUGGUUUCCAUUCGUGGACUAGACGCCACUCUAUCUGCCGAUGGAAACUAUGUCUUACAUCCAGCCAUCCUUGACGCAUGCCUGCAUGCACCGGCAUUCAAAGCGUUCAGUGGUGACUUCAACACAUAUGUCUAUUCUCUCCCUUCACGUGUCGAUGCGGUCAUCCUCCAUCGACCGCCCAGAGAGGGCUAUUUCCCUGCGCAUAUUUAUGCUCAUGUGACCGUCUGUGAAUGGACACCUACCUCUCGAACAUACAAUAUGAUGAUUGUGGAUGAUGCCGGAAGGCCUCUAUGCUCAUUGCGAAGACUUAUGGUAGAGAGGCACAAGAUGAAACCUCCUCCGGACACCUCGCGAUCAUUUGAAGUGCUCUUUCAGCCACUAGGUCAUUGGUAUCAGUCCCCAGAUACACGGGAAACACGGCAUAAGACGGCAUCUUGGAGCGACCCUUCGAUUAGUGCAUAUACGGAAAAGAAUUCUGACAUACGUGUCGAACAUCAUAAAAGAAUCGUGCAAGGUCAGCCUGAUCAACCUGAGAUAUAUGGUCUCAACAAGGCGCAUACAACGUCAAGCGAAAUAGGGGCCAGCAAGCCUGAGAGCCAGGUCAUUGCGACACAGACAUCGAUUUUGUAUGGUGUCAUCUCUUCAAUUGUAUCUGAGCGCAGCCGCAAAAUUGUUAGAAUCCUAAUUCUGAGCAAUCAUGCUUCAUUCUACAUUCAAAUAUCGAACGUCUUGCGCCAAUUCCCGACGCUCUUCAUAGAAGUCAUUGUCCCACAUAUUCAAUAUGCUAACCUGAUGGACAUCAACCGCAGGCAAGGCAUCGUGCGGCCCAUAGAGGCGAACCCUGAAAUGUCCGCAGAAUAUCGAAAAGCACUAGGAUAUGUUGACGUCGUGGUAUCGUUUGACUUCUUUCGCGAGCACAUAUCCAUGGAGCAACGUUUCACGCUGUGUGGCACCAUUCUCCUGCCAGGCGGGACACUGAUACUUGCCAGCCGGGAAUCACAAAUUUCUAUUUCCCAAGGUCCUGAACGUUCCAAUUCAGAAUCAACACAUUUCAAGUCCAUUCAGUCCUCUUCCGAUAACGCUAACGUAUCGAUUUUGCGGACAUAUCGGGAACCUGUGGCUGACGUGAUCAUUCUACAAGGACAAAAACGGCAUCAUAAUGCCACCGAUCUGUCGACUCAGCGUCUUUUUCGUUCCGCAGAUUGUUUUGUUUUCUACUAUACUCCCGGUCAAGAACAAGACCUGCAGUGGCAUUUCAGUGGGCUCAACACCUCUCAGGAGCUUGAGGUUUGGAUCACGGCUUCUGGAGACAACAACGGAGGCCCAGCCUUCGGGCUAGUGCGCGCUCUGAGAAGAGAAUAUCUUCGGUGGACUAUUCGUUUGGUAGUGUUCCCAAGCUCAUACUCUGCAGCGCAGCGACAGGAAAUGCUGGAGAAGCUGCCUAACCACAUGGAAGCCGAGUUGGAAAUUGUUGUCACUCCGCAAAACGAACUCCUCGUUCCCAGGCUGAUUCCAUUGCUUCCCAUGUCCCCGAGAUCAUACUCAUUUGCGACGCCAUUCAGCGUGCCGAACACGCCUCUCAACCACGUUGUCAUUAAUCCACGGUUUGUAUCGACAUGUUCAGGUAUUUCAGCUGUGAUCGGGACAAUAUCCAACGGAAAGGCCUCGGAUCGAUGUGAUGCGUUAGUUGUGGCCAUUACUAUGGAUAUCCAAGAGGAACAUGCCAUCGUGGAUGAAGCAGCUACAUGCCGAAUAGCAGACGAUCAAUGUGAAGUUGGCGCUUCUUACAUAUCCUGCAUUCCAGGGUGCACAGUCGCAAUCCUCGCCUCCGGAUUAAGUGCCUACCGACACCCUAGCUACCUUCAGUCGCUCCGUAUCCUAUUGACACACGCGGACACACCCAUCGGGGUUUGCGUUCGCCACGCCUACGCUCUGAAAGGUGCGCUCGUCACCGAGCUCCGUCAAGAUGUCAACCUAGUGGACCUCGCUUGUGUCAGCGAGGAACCGUUUGACUUGAUUGUUUCCGGUUACAACGAGACGCCACAAGUGCAGAUCCUGAGAAGUCUCCUGCGAGAAGGAAGUGGCAGCAUCUUCCUUUGGGCUGAUGAACGUGAUGGCAUAGCGAGGACAUUGCGCAGAGAUCCGUGCUCCGUGGGUGAAGUGCUUCAAGAAGUGCUUUGCUUGUUGAACGACCUUCCUAUGGAUAUGUCGAAGAUCGUAGCAGACCCGCUCAUGAAUCAGCGGCCAGACACAGUCAAACAGCCCGAGGGCGUUCUUCAGGCAUCCUUCAAUCCCGACCGGACAUAUUUGAUUCUCGGCGGGAUAGGAAAUAUCGGUGUGCAUCUUGCACUGUUCAUGUAUCAGAGAGGUGCUCGACACAUUGUUCUGACGUCACGUCGUGGCAAACAAGGUAUCUCAGAGAGUACCAACCUGAUGGUCAGACGGAUAUCGCACUACCUGCUCAGCCAAGGGGACGUGGAUCUUCACUUUGAGGCUGUAGAUGCAACCUCUGAAUCGUCCAUGAACGAUCUCAUUCGACGUCUACCUGGGGAGCUAGGAGGUUGUAUUGUUCUCACCGCUGUUGUGAGGGAUCGCAGUUUCUUGCGCCUUGAUCCAGAUGAUUUCUCUGUCGUUCUCGCUGCAAAAGCGGGCGUUGUUCAGGCCUUCCAGAACGUCGUUGAUACGGCGCGUUUGGAGUUCUUCAUUGCUUUCUCAUCAGUUUCCGGGCUCUUUGGAAGCGGUGGACAGACUAACUAUGAUUGCGCGAACACAGCAUUAGAGGCCUCCAUUGCCUUAUCCACAAACGCAUUCGUGUUUGUGUGUCCAGGGAUCAUUGAUUCGUCGCUCCUCCUGGCUGGAAACAUAGAACAACGUGAUGCCCGCUUCAAUCAUUUACUUGAAUGGUCCAUGUCCACCGAAGAAAUGAUCACAUGGUUCGAGGAUGCAUUGAUCAGGUUUCAGAGUGGCCAACGUUUUCAUUGCUACGUCCCAGACAUCGAAUGGGAAGCCAUGGACCGAACUUUCGGAAUGACCAAGCUAGGAAAACACUUGAUUGCUUCACAGACUACUGAGGACGACGGACCUAACGGCGAUAUCGAUCAUAUGGCAGGUAUGGUUCGAGCGGUGUUGGGCAUUCGGCAGGAAGAUUUCUCACCAGAUGUCCCACUAAGCGCCUACGGUAUCGAUUCCCUCUCGGCGGCCAAGUUGUCCUACAUGCUCAGACCCAUUGCUGAGAUUUCGCAGCUCCAGUUGCUUGCAGACGUGUCCGUGAAUGAUCUCCAACAGAGGAUCGACAAACCCUCUUCACAAGAACCGACGCAGGAGAACAAUGCGCAAGUAGGCGAGGGAAAGGCGGAACAGAUGCGCCAGGAAUUGGAGAAACACCUCAAUUCAAUGAUCAAGCGGCAUCGCACAAAACAUGUUCUUGCGGAUCGAACGUCGCCCCAUGUGGUUCUGUUGACUGGCAGUACGGGUGCCCUGGGAUCACACAUCCUCUUCCAACUACUGAAUGACGAGAACGUUCAAAGGGUUUACGCUCUCAAUCGCAGGCACGUGGGAGAGGUAACUUUGCAAGAGAGACAAUUCACUGCGUACAGCAAUCAAGGACUACCAGUUGACCAUAUAAGCUCCCCGAAAUUGACUUUGCUCGAAGCCGAUCUCACGGCGGAAGAUCUCGGACUCGACACGGUGCUCUUUCGCGAGCUCGCAUCGAGCGUUACACAUAUCAUUCAUAAUGCAUGGAUGAUCGACUUCUAUUCACCUUUGCCUGAGUUCGCCCAAUUGAUCAAGGGAACGCUCAAUCUCCUUAAUCUUUCCGCUCUUUCAAUGCUAGCCGUACCACCAGUGCUGUCGUUCAUCAGUACUAUUGGUGUCUAUCGCCAGUCCAGCGGCGGGAACUUUGCUCCAGAGGAACCGAUCGUUGAGGCUCGCGCGAGCAUCCAAACUGGCUACAUAGAGUCGAAAUGGGUGACAGAGCGCCUAGUGCAAAUCGCAGGAGAAAGGUUCAACCUGAGGACCAACAUAAUCCGUGUCGGUUUGCUGAGUGGCAGCAUCAAUGGCGCUUGGGAUACUUCUCAUUGGGUGCCAGCUCUGGUUCAAUCGGCUGCCUACCUCGGAUGCCUGCCAGAAGGUCACAGUAGUGUCUCGUGGAUCCCAGUCAAUCUGGCAGCGGCAGCUAUUGCGGACCUUCGGGACAUUAGCAAAGAGACGCUGCACGUCAUUCAUCCGCGACCGGCCACUUGGAUGCAAUUGAUGGAGCACCUGUCAACGGCGCUGGAUGUCCCGCUUGUACCAUAUGAAGAAUGGUUCGCCCGGUUAGAAAGCAUAUCCGCCGACAGUGACUCCUCUGAAACGGACGGGUGGGGCGGCGACGCAAAGUCUGCAUUGCGGCUGUUGGAUUUUUUCAGACAGGCGAUCAUCAAGGCAUCCGAUGGAGAUAUGGAGAGCAUGGGGUUGCUGCCGCUAGUAGCAGCAGACAAAGGCAUGCGUGUCUCCCCUUCGCUGAUGGAUCGGAGUGUGAAGCAGCUUGGAUAUGACGACGUUCAAAAUUGGGUAGGGUAUUGGAGACGUACAGGCUUUCUUUCUCCAUGCCGCCAAGUCUCUUAGAUAGCUGGAUGCUCACGAGACUUGCUCAUCUCCUGUUUGUCGUAACGAAUGAUCUCAUAGUGAAAUUCUCGUAGCAUACAGCGAGCUCAUAGCGAGCGCUUGCAUAUUCAGCAGAGUAGUGGCAGUUGCUUCCCACUGAUAACUGCGAUACCUAUGAGCCAAAGAAGGC